UAUUGCGACUCGAAUAGAAGAGAGAUAUGAACGGGCAACUGUUAACGUCUCAACUCGAAAUUUUAUAGAAAUUAAUUUGCAUUUAAAAAUCUAUAUAUAAAUAUAUAAUCAGUACAAAACAAAUUGAGUGAUUUAUUAUUUUUUUUUUAUACUGAAAAGUCUAAAUUGUGAUAGUUGGCAUUGUAUUUGUUGACAACAAUUCAAUAGAAAGCCAAAAAUAAAACGAAACAAAAAAAAAAACCCUCAAUACAGUGUGUUUUUGUCUCGCCCCGUCAGUUGAGCGAGAGUAUAUGUGUGUUUUUCUGUUAUUUGUCUUCGUUUAUGUAUUUUUCCGUUCGAUCGAUAAAAUAACUGUGCAGGCAUAUAAAACGUACAAAUAUAUAUAUAUUAUAUUAAAUAUAUGUAUAAAUACAACCAGAAUCUCAAAUAAUAAUAACGGAAAGUGGAAACUUGAGUUUUUCAACAAAAAGAGAAAAAUUGUCAAGUUGUUGCAUCAAGACAUUAAACAUCAUCAGGACGGACUCAAUAGAAUAUUAAAAGUUCAACAACCAGCAGUAGCAACAGGAAAUCAACAAAGAUUAAACGCAAAAUGGCAACUAAUGUAGCCUCUAAACCGGUCUUCAUAGUCCCGGAUCAUCAACUUCUUCAUCAUCGUCCACAGGAUCAAGUGGAUAAUAGUACCAAUGCUACACUAAGUAUUAAGAGUCCUUGUCGUAUAAUCACAAUGAAUGAUAAAUAUCAUCGCGAGGAUGAGCGAUUAAAAACAUUUGACAAUUGGCCCUUAUCUUGGCUGGAUAAACAUCAACUGGCACAAACGGGAAUGUUCUAUACGAACGAGAGUGACAAAGUGAAGUGCUAUUUCUGUGAGGUGGAAAUCGGCCGCUGGGAGCCCGAAGAUCAACCCGUACCUGAACAUUUGCGCUUUUCCCCGAAUUGUCCACUCUUACGGCGGAGGACAACGAACAAUGUGCCACUUAAUAGUGAUGCACUCGAACGCAUAUUGCCACCGAUAAGCUAUGACAUUUGCGGGACAAACGAUUCAGGCUUUGAGAUGCGCGAACAUGCCUAUCCCGAGGGACACAUACAGUUAACACAAUUGAUGCAAUCGAUUGGCGGCGGUGUUAAUGCCACAACGUUAUCAACGUCAUCAUCGGGACCAGGACUAACCACAGAUCUGAUCAGCAGUGGUGGUGGUAUUGGCAAUGGCAGAGAUGUCCAGCCCGAGCCCUGCCGGCCACAGGCCAGUUAUUUUCCCGAGUAUCCCGAAUACGCUGUGGAAACGGCGCGAGUGCGCACAUUCAACGAUUGGCCACGCCACAUGAAACAGAAGCCUCAACAGUUGGCCGAGGCGGGUUUCUUUUACACAGGCGUCGGCGAUCGUGUAAGAUGCUUCAGUUGUGGUGGCGGUCUCAAGGAUUGGGACGAGAACGACGAACCAUGGGAACAGCAUGCACUUUGGCUAAAAGACUGUCGUUUCGUCAAGCUUAUGAAGGGACAGUUAUAUAUCGAUUCAAUGGCUGCCAAACCAAAAUGCAGCAGCAGUCUUCCAAGUACACCCGAAGCGGCAUCCGUGUCAGAAGAAACCGAAUCCAGUUCAUCACAGCAGCAACUAAGUGGCGAUGUGGCACCAACAUCAACAGCACCGUCAGCUGCUGCACGUAUUUACGACAAAAUCGUUGCAAUUUCCAACGACGACACCAACAAGACGCAUAUGAUAUUGACAUCAUCAUCAUCGACAUGCACAUCAACAGCUACGUCGUGCGGUGCUGGUCCAUCGCCGCCAAACGGUUCCGCCACAAUACCGGAGGAGAAGCUAUGCAAGAUCUGUUAUGCAGCCGAAUACAAUACGGCGUUUUUACCCUGUGGCCAUGUUGUUGCCUGCGCCAAAUGCGCCUCAUCUGUAACGAAAUGUCCGCUUUGCCGGAAACCCUUCACCGAUGUGAUGCGUGUGUAUUUUUCUUAAAGUCCGUUGAAUCACCUAAUUUAGGCUGGCAUCGUCACACU